CACCCAUUCUGUUCAACUCAACUCAGUGGUUAAUGUUCAGCUAGCAUUCCUGGUACAAGAUGGCGGAUUUGUCGGAUGAUGAACUGUGCGAAAAGUAUGGUAUUACUUUGGACACCCUCGAUGAAAUUAAGACUCAAUUUCAGGAGUUUGACUUGGAUGGCAAUGGCAGCAUCACAACAAAAGAGUUAGGCACAGUUUUCAAGAAUAUAGGUAUGGACUUACCUCAGUAUAAAGUUAGAGACCUGGUGGCCUCGAUUGACCGGGACAAGAAUGGAAUGAUUGAAAUCAAUGAAUUUAUUGAGAUGUAUUCUGACAUGAAAUCUAAGGAAAUUGCACAAACAUUCAGACAAGCUAUCACUAAGAGGGAAGGUAUUGAAGCUAAAGGUGGCACAUCAUAUGCUUCAGUGGAAGGCACAACACAUUCUUUGUCUGAGGAAGAGCAAGUGGCAUUUGUCGAUUAUAUUAAUUCUAACAUGGCUGAUGAUCCUGAUCUGAAAGACAAACUACCCAUGAAACAUGGCAAGGAACUAUUCAAAAGUGUUGGUGAUGGAAUCAUGCUAUGCAAACUGAUCAACUUGUCUCAGCCAGACACCAUUGAUGAACGGGCCAUCAACAAAGGAUCUAAAUUGAAUCUUUACCUGAAACAUGAGAAUUUGACCUUGGCUUUGAACUCUGCCAGGGCUAUUGGAUGUAACAUUGUCAAUAUCGGUCCUGAUGAUUUAAUGCGUGGUACAGAACAUUUGGUUCUGGGUUUGAUGUGGCAGAUUAUCAGGGUUGGAUUGUUCGCAAAGAUUGAUCUACAGCAUAACCCUGGCCUCUUCAGACUCCUAGAGGAGGGUGAGGAUCCGGACCAACUACUGAAGAUGGCACCAGAAGACCUGUUGAUGCGAUGGGUGAAUUACCAGAUGGAACAAGCUGGACAUCCCAGGAGAAUUCAUAACUUUAGUUCUGACAUUAAGGAUUCAGAGGUGUACAUACAUCUUCUCAAGCAGAUUGCACCUGACAGUGUGGGACUUGACACUUCUGCUAUGCAAGAGAGUGAUCAUUUGACACGAGCUGAACUGAUGUUGGACAAUGCAGAUAAAAUUGGAUGUCGACAGUUUGUACAAGCCACUGAUGUUGUGAGCGGCCAUUCAAAACUUAACAUGGCUUUCGUAGCCAACUUGUUCAACAUGUACCCAGCAUUAAAGCCACCAGAUGAGGGAGAAGGGGAUGAAUUUGAGAGAUAUGAAGAAACUAGAGAAGAGAAGACUUUCCGUAAUUGGAUGAACAGUCUUGGUGUGAAUCCAUAUGUACAAUAUUUGUAUACUGAUUUAUGUAAUGGUCUCGUCAUAUUACAGCUCUACGACAUGGUGAAGCCAAACUUUGUGGAAUGGAGCCGAGUUACCAAACCACCAUGGCCAAAGCUUGGUGGUGGUAAAAUGCAAAAAAUUGAGAACUGUAAUUAUUGUGUGGAGCUUGGUCAGAAAAUGAGAUUUUCUUUGGUUGGGAUUGGUGGGAACGACAUUCAUGAUGGCGUUGAAACACUCACAUUAGCUGUUGUAUGGCAGUUGAUGCGUGCAUAUACUUUACGUAUUCUACAACAGCUAUCUGGUGCUGAUAAGCCGCUGUCUGAUGAUAAAGUUAUAGAAUGGUGCAACACCAAGCUGAAGAAUGCCAAGAAGACAUCAAGUAUUCGUAGUUUCCAAGACCAUAGUAUCAGUGAUAGUAGAGCGGUAGUUGAUUUGAUUGAUUCUAUACAAUCGGGUGCUAUCACUUAUAAGAACUUCAGAGAAAAUCCAACCAAUGACACUGAGAAGUUACUAAACGCCAAAUAUGCCAUUUCCAUGGCUCGCAAAAUUGGUGCACCUGUUUAUGCCUUGCCCGAAGAUUUAGUGGAAGUGAAGCCAAAAAUGGUGAUGACGGUGUUUGCUUGCCUCAUGGCACGGGGCCUCUCCAAAAAAUAGGAUUGUAUGCGGGACUCAAUUUCAAAUGAUGACUAAUUAUUUGCACUUUUCACAAUGUGUACAUCCUUAUUGGAAUAAACAGACAUUAGAUUAUAGAGAUUAUAGAAAUUAUUAUAUGAAAUAAAUUGAUCUAUUUUGCUGAUAUUUAGCCCUAUAAUAUUCACUCAAUAAAUAUUGUCUAAAUAAGCUAAUAUACAUGUUAGGUAUGAACAUUUGUUUGCGUACAUUAUUCAGAAAACUUGUAUGACUGCAUGUCUCUGAAUCCUUCGAUUGGCUGCCUUUAGUCAUUCUGAUUUGUAAUAUUAAUCCGACAUAUUUAAUGGGCAUGAUUUUUUUCUUGCAAGAAAUUUGAGCGUUUUUUGUCAACUGUCAUGUAUUUACACCUCAAAACCAUACAAUGAAUUUAUUCAUUUCAUACUCAUUUAUGCUUACCGUCUCUGCAGCAUGUUUAUAUUUUGCGUUCCAAAAUAUUUGUAUGUAAUAACAGCUCAUUUCAAUUUCACUUGUUUUUUGUGCAUGCAAAGUGUCUUAGUUCCGGUCGAGUUUUGAAAACAGCUGUCAAAGUCUGGUACAUUGUUUACAUCAUUUUAUGAUAAUACUUUAAGAAUGGAAUAAAUAAAAGGUUUGUAUAUUUUCUCAAGUAAGGGACAUAUCUAUAAAUUUUGCUUAUUAGUAUCAAUUGUAACUGCUACUUUUAUUUUUUAUUCUCUAAGAUUUUCAAUAUUUUUCAUUUGUUAAGAUUGAUUGUAGUUGAUAGAAUAUGGUGUCUUAUUUGCAUACUUUAUACUGGUUCCGUGUACAUGUGUUUGCUACAAUAUAUAAAGAGUGAUGAAUAUCAUCUAUUUUAAAGUUG